UCAUUUUGAGUGAAAAAUGGUCACAGAGAAUAAAGAGAAGAGAAUCUCUUCCAAAGAAGAAGAAGCAGUGGCCCAACAAGAAAUAUGGAAAUAUAUUUUUGGUUUUGUUCCCAUGGCUCUUGUCAAGUGUUCCAUUGAUCUCGGGAUACCUGAUAUCCUCGAGAACCAUGAAACCCCGAUGACGCUUGCCGAACUUGCGUCAAAGCUCAACUGUUCUCAGUCUGUGUUGUAUCGGAUAAUGAGGUUCUUGAUCCACUAUAAGAUUUUUCAAGAGCAACCAUUAUCUAAAACAUCUGUUGGUUACGCUCAAACCCCUUUGUCUCGGCUUCUAACAAGGCAUGGAGAAAAUACCAUGGUCGACUUGGUGCUCUUAGAGACCAGUCCCAUCAUGUUGGCUCCAUGGCACAAACUAAGUGCUUGGGUUUUGGGUAACGGGAACUCGCCUUUUGAGGCAACACAUGGCAAGGAUCUGUGGGGAUUUAAUGUGGAAAAUCCUGGUCACAGUAAGCUCUUUAACGAUGCAAUGGCAUGUGCUACUCGGGUGGAGAUGGCAGCAGUGAUUGAAGGUUGUCCAGGGGUAUUUGAAGGGUUAAAGACGAUGGUGGACGUUGGUGGUGGUGAUGGGACGGCUCUACGGUGUAUUGUGGAAGCUUGUCCUUGGAUCAAAGGGAUCAAUUAUGAUCUCCCUCAUGUGGUUUCAGUGGCUCCUACAUCUACAGGUGUUGAACAUGUUAGCGGCAAUAUGUUUGAUUAUGUUCCAAAAGCUGAUGCCGUUUAUUUGUUGAAAGUACUACAUGACUGGACAGAUGAAAAAUGCAUUGACAUACUAAAAAAUUGUCGAGCGGCUAUUCCUCAAGAUACAGGAAAGUUGAUUAUCGUAGACACGAUUAUAGGACAUAAAGAAGAUGAUGAGUUCAAAGAGAUGGGAUUGUUGCUUGAUAUGGUGAUGAUGGCUCAUACAAGUGACGGGAAGGAGCGCACUUUGGAAGAAUGGUCGUACCUGUUUCAUGAGGCUGGAUUUACUCGUUACACCACAAAAAAGAUUCAAACUUAUCUUUCAGUUUUUGAAGUUUAUCCUUGAGUCUCAAAUCUCCAAUUUGUUUUCCAAACUGUCAAUGCUUUCAAAAUCGAAUUCAGAUUACCAUUGUGCUGGAAAUUGGAUCUUUAUUUCGUACCUUUGUAAUGUUGUAUUGUUCUCCAACAAAAAAGUUUGAUCUAUGUGUGAUAUGGAAAAUUACAAUAACUUGUAUUCAUCAUCUGUGGUAAUAUGAAUAAACAACUAGCAAUUUAGCUUUUUA